AUGAGUGUUGUCAGAGAAUUACACGGGAUCGGGUUCAGGGGCGGCGGUGGGGUUGUGGCCUCUCUGAGCAGCCCUACCCACUUUACCGAGGAUGCCCCGCGACCCCCUGUUCCUGGUGAGGAGGGAUCUGAUGUGGACCCCCCGGUCCAGUCAGCUAACACCCGUCCAAACACCCUUUCCCAAACAGUCGGCUAUCCUGCGUCAUCCUCAUUAUCUAAAAUGGGGGAUCCAACCAGCUACACACCCUCCUCAUCGUCAGCGACCCCGCGGCGCCCCGAUCUGGACUUGGGGUACGAACCCGAGGGCUCGGCGUCACCGACUCCACCUUACCUGAAGUGGGCAGAGUCUCUCCACUCUCUCCUCGACGACCAGGAGGGCAUCCAGCUGUUCCGUAACUUCCUGUGUCAGGAAGGGUGUGCGGACCUUCUCGACUUCUGGUUCGCCUGCUCGGGGUUCAGGAAGACGAGCCAGGAGAGGAGGGCGAAGCUGGCCAAGGUCAUCUACAGGAAGUACAUCGUAGACGGAAGUGGGAUUGUCUCGAAGCAGAUCAAAGCGGCCACGAAGAGCUUCAUCAGAGACUGUGUAGGAAAACCACAUCCAGACCCUGCUAUGUUUGAACAGGUAAUAAAAUCCCUCAUUUAGUGUGUGUGUGUGUGUGUGUGUGUGUGUGUGUGUGUGUGUGUGUGUGUGCGCUCCUAAUGAGCGGUGUAUUGUUUGAUUACACAGCGAUUUGUCAGUCUUUGUUUUUACCGUCUCUGCUCUGAAAUUAGGUCUUCUUCUCCAGCCAGGCGUAGAUUGAAACUUUCGGCUACAGCCAAUGGCGGACCUCACUUCUGUGCAGAGACGCCGUUAAGAAACUGAAACCGAACUGUCUCAUUUACGACACGAAAAAGUACCACAGUUAAAUUUGUGGCGGCGGCGCUGAGCCGUCUGAUGACUGAUAAAUGUGACCUUUGGACAGGCGAGACGGUCGAGAAAGUGCGGUUGUUUGAGAAGACGUCCACUUCUGUCGUAGAGGAGGUUGUAUUCAUGUGUGUGUACAGAAGAUUUCCCUCCAAAGAAAGGCAGCACAGCAGCAGUUAUUGUCGGCUCAGGGCUGCUGAUGAACCUGCCAUCAUCAUUCAUAGCAGGAAUGCUGUUUCCCCAUUGGAAAGAAUCUUUAGGGGGCAGGAACUAUGGCCCAGGAUCUAUAACUGGACCUGGCUUUUCCUGAAUUUGAAAUACAGUUAUAGUUCCUGGGUACUCCUGUGGCCUAAAACCUCCCUGUGUGUCUCCCUGUUUUAGACUGUUUUCAGGUUGAAGUUGUAUUUUUCAAGGUUUGCUGCUUUACUAAGUCCAAGAAGUGAAGCUUUAGUUUAAGGUUUAUGUCAUUCACCCUCUCACCCACCUGGCUGCUCCAUAUGUGUGUCUUUACCGUUGUAGUUCCUCGGGCAUCAAAAGAGAAACAACACAGACUGAGGUUACAUAAUCACCACAAUGAACCAAUUAGGACGGUUCAAUUUUCUCUGCAGUGAAUCUUUUCUGUUUGUUUCUCUCUGACGCUCUUAUACUGAAGGUUUUUAAGUCGACACUGAAACAUCAGUACGUACAUUUUAAUCCGUUCGCUCACCGCAGCCAAUCACAGCCUGUUAAAACCUCGGAAAAUCACCCAUUGCUGUCAGUUUGUGCAUGACGCACCUUUCUGUUUCUCCCCGGAUCAAGACUGGAUAAAUGCAGUAUAUUUUAAUUACUACAACAAAAGGAGCGCGUUAAUAAUACAGUUAUACUGUUGGGUUUUUAAGUCUUAUCAUCUGCAUCCAGGUCAAAUGCUUGUAUUACUCUGUGUCUGACACCUGCGAAUAUAAACAGAGAGAGUGAUGUAUUUCUCAGUAAACAUUACUAUAGGGCUGGGCGAUAAACUGAAAAUUCACCGAUACUGAAAUUUACGACAAUAACCGACAUCAUUUUGUCCAUAUCGGUAUUUUCAGUGUCAAAAAAAUAAAUAAAUCAAAGUUGUUUUUGGAUGUGUGUAGGUAGGCUAUGGUCUCAUGUCCCUUUAAGACGCUGUCCUACGUCAGAGACGGGACUCCACCCCAUCCAGUCUGUAACAAAGAGGGAAAGACAGGUGAGGAGAUGGAGGACGGUUCAAAAGUUGGAGCGGCUGAAGUAGACGAAGUUAAUGUGGGAGGGGGUGAACAGGUGGUGGAGUAGUUAUCGUCCAUUUACUGUUAUUGAGAUGAACUGAUCAAUAUAUCUUGAUAUUGAUUUGAGGACAUAUCGCCCAAGCCCUACAUUACUAACACGUAAAUUCAAAUUCAAGUCAUGUGAGGCUAAACUCCUCGCCGUCUUCUUCUGCAUAUAAUUUUCACAUGACUCUGAUGGACAUUCACUCCGAGUUCAAACACCCGCAGUGGUCCUCUUGAUUUAACACGUUCAUCAAACACACAGACACAAACUCUGUCUGUACAGCGGUCAGUUUUAACACUCUGACUUUUGUCCUCCGUCACCAUCAAAAAAAGGUUCUGAAAGGGAAAUCAAACAUUUGAAUUAUUAAAGGAUACCAACUCCAGUUCGAUCCACCUCAGCUAAAAGUCUGAAAUGAAGGACAAGCAAAUUAAAAGGCCAAAUCCAUCAGAUUUCAUGAGUCAACGUCUCAGUCUCCUGGAAAACACAACUCAAAAACUCCUCGUUAACAUCGAUAAAUACACCAAAUGAUUCCCCCAAACAGGUAAUACCCGUGAUCGCCGUCCUCCGGGGCGCAGAUGUCCACAUAAAAGUAAUCCCCAAGAUAUCAAAAACAGUUAAUCAAGUUCAAAAAGGAUUGAUUGAUCAAUAAAAAUCUCUGGUAGUUAAAAAAGAAGAAAUCAAAUCAGAAAAAUCUCACAAAUCUGAAGCGCGGCUCCUCUGUUCUCCUCUGAGCGUCUGCAAAACCGCGGAACACCAGCCGGUGAAUUCUUUUUUUAAUUCACUUAUUUUCAGGCAACAAGACGGUCCGAGGCCUUUCCUCAUCUUUCCUCCCCACGACACAUCCUGCCUCAUAUAACCUUUUCUUAAUAUUAAUAAUUGUCCCCAAAUAUCACCUGACGUUACAGGGAAUCAUUAACUGGACACCAACAACCAAGAAAACAUCUUUCUUUCUUUUGACGCCGUCACAUGUUCUCAGAGAGUCAGAGACAUUUAUCAACAAGAGAGUGAUGCGGGUCCUGUAGCAUCACGAUUGUACACGCGCUCAUGGCGGCUCAAAUCGCUGUUUCCUGGAGUGUGUGUUAAGGUUGUCAAAAGCUGUUUGGAUAGAAUCAAGAGUAUUAAAAUGUAUCUGAAAAAAUCAGACUUACACUCAGCCUCACAGCGAAUGUGAGAGACAGAGAGAGGGCAGCGUGUGUCACGAAUACAAACCAAAGAGGAGAGGAAAUAAGACGCUUUGUUAUUGUUAGGCAGUGGUUCUGCUUCUUUAAGUCCGCUCUGUUGGCUGUGAGAUGAAAGUGAGACAUAGUGAGAACAUCAGAACGUACCUGCAGAGGACCGAUCCCACCGCACACUGUUGGGAUUAACUGGGAUGACUGGGAGGGAAUAUUCUGACAUGAAUGCUGCGUAUCAGCAGAGAAUCACCUCUGUCCACAUUAAUGUUGAAAAGCAGGACUGUGCUGUUUAACGUUGAGCAGGAGUCGGUAACAGAUUUCAUGCAGACUGAUGCAAAGGUUAUGGUUUGAUUUCUCACCAAGAGGAAUUGUGGGAAGUGGAGUCAGCAUUCAGAGGCUUUCGGUAACGCGUUUGGUUUUGACUUUGUGUGUUUGCUCCAGGCUCAGACGGAGAUCCAGGCCAUGAUGGAGGAGAACACCUACCCUCUGUUUCUCAAGUCGGAUCUGUACCUGGAGUACACGCGGACAGGAGGGGAGAGCCCCAAGCCCAAUCCCAGCGAUCAGAGCCCUUCAUCGGGUCCAGCCAAGCCUGUGCCUGGGUACUUGCCCACACUCGCCGAGGAUGAGGAGUGGAGGUGAGAAAAUGAUGACGGUAGAAAAGCGCCAUAAAUCCAAAGAAGAGCAGACUAUGAUUUGCACUCGGAAAAUCCGUAAUUCUCAACUUGUAAAUGUGCAUAUCAGAAUUUUUGCACUUCCAACUUCAGAUCUGCACGUCAGGAUUUGUAUCUGCUACUUCCUAUCUGCUCGCUCAGUUGCGUCAUCCUCCUUGCGUGAUUUUUGGCACGAUUCUCACGGUUAAAUGUGAGAAACAAAGUGCACUCACAGACCUUGCUCUACCACUUGCAUCCAGUGGGUGGCAGCGUGGUACUAAGUCUAUGAAGGCGACCAGAGCCGCGCUGGUCCUCCUAUCAGUUUUGUCCCAGUGGAUUUGCCGUAAUUUGCCAUCCAAGAUCAGAGGAAAGGAUCGCAGCAAAACAAGACAGUUAAUGGAUCAGAUAAAAGAAAUCAUGUUGUUGACAAGAGAACGUCAUAUUCAACUGAUCCGUUAGUUGUUGCAGCUCUAAGAAGUUGUUUACAAAACAGAUUAAAAAAGAUGAAUUUGGAUGCAGAUUCGUUUCAAUUUCUCUUAUUCUCUCACUUUCACUUGUGGAGUUUAACUUGACCAGUUAAACAGUUAAAAAAAAGCUUCCAACUCUGGCAAAAACGCAAUAUUAGAGGGAAAAUUUCAAAAUCACUUGCAAUCCUGUACAAAUUGAGAAAAGUAUUGAAUUCCAAGGCUUUGCAUUUGUUCUACUACUCAUUGAUUAGCCCCUAUAUAUCUUACUGUGUGGAACUGUGGGGAUCCACCUUUAAAAACACUAUAAAUUCAAUAAUAAAACUGGAAAAAGGAGUUAUACAUAUUAUCAAUAAGACUGAUCACUUUGAUCACACGGAGCCACUUUUUCUAAAUUCUCAUGUUAUGAAAUUUUAUGAUCUGUUUUAUUAUAAAAUAAUGCAAAUAAUGUUUAGAGCAAACCAAAAACGCUCCCUGACUCGAUACAGAGGUUCUUUUCAAUUCAGGACGGUCCGUAUAAUCUCAGAGGUGUUCGCAAAUUUACUGUACAAAAAGCUAAGAAAGGAGAAAAGGAGACGUGUCUGCAUUACUGGAGUUAAACUCUGGAAUGAUUCAUAAAUCUAAAACAUGUCGUUCUUUUUUUUGGUUUUUUAAAUAAAUAGUUUGUAAAGCUGUUUUUGAAGCUUAUAAGUGUGAUUAAUUAUCUGUUGUUGUGGUUUCUUUGCUUUUCUGGAGGUCGGUAGCCUAAAAAGUUGACAACACAGGAUAGUUCUGUAUAAGCAGUCUGAAUCUGCCUUUUCUGUCAAUAUUCAACACGUGAUUCUUAAUUUAGUGAUUUUGUGUGAAAUGUCAAUAUUGUGUACAAUAUUUGGUGUUGUCGUGACUGAAUAAACAACGACUACUACUACUACAAUAUUCACUAUGCCACUACAACAACAACUUGACACGGCUCCCCUCACACAAGACCACAGUGUUUCUGCCAAAAUGCCCAAAACUGACUGCAAAAAAUGUGGGUCAACCAUGCCGGUGCAUGUUCUGCUAGUCAAGGGACACAACAGGUUCACUCUUUUAUUAACAAACCUAUAAUGAUGAUAGAAACAUGUACUAAGUACUUUUGUUUACAAAGCAUUCUAUUAUCAUUCUGUUAUUCAUUAUCUUGUAAUGAGGUGUUAAUGGCGACUUGCUGUGUUAUACUUUUUAACGUUAGGGAUCUUAAACAGAUACAUUAAUGGCCUUGUGUGUCUUGGAUAGCAAAAUACGGCAAAUCCACUGGGACAAAACUGAUAGGAGGACCAGCGCGGCUCUGGUCGCCUUCAUAGACUUAGUACCGCACUGCCACCCACUGGAGGCAAGUGGUAGAGCAAGGUCUGCGAGCGCACUUUGUUUCUCAUAUUCAACCGGGAGAAUCGUACCAAAAAUCAUGUGAGGAGGAUGACGUAACUGAGCGAGCAGAUAGGAAGUAGCAAGUUGAGAAUUAUGGAUUUUCCAAGUGCAAAUCAUAGUCUGCUCUUCUUUGGAUUUAUGGCACUUUUCUACCUUCAUAGAAAAUGAGUCACUGAUUCAACAGAGAAGAUGUCUCGAACGACGCUCUCUCUCUGAUAAUGUGCGAAACGAUAAACGCUCCCAAUGACUGACUGACAGAUUCAACUUGUUCUGAUCUCAGGUGUGGAGGAGGCGGGAAGGAAGCGGAGGAGGACAAGGAUGAGGAGGAGUGUGGAGACACACCAGCUGGGAGGCUGACUCACAGCCUGCUGAUGCAGACGGCGCCGCAGAGAGCCUCAGCGAACAGGAGGAGGCAGGAGAGCAGGGAGUACAGGUGUGUGUGUAUGUGAGGGAGGACGGUCAUGUCCCGGAUGUGUCCUCUCUAGACUGACAGCAGAGAACUGAAAUAAGAGGUCCCUGAAAAAUGACAGAAUGUGGUUAUAUGUAGGGCUUGGCGACAAAGCGAUAAUGAUAUAUUUCAAAACUUAAUUUCCCUCGAUAUCGAUAUAAAACAUGGUCAAUAUGCUUUUUGAUAGUCGUCAUUCUGCCAUGUUUAGGUAGACUAUAUGAAAAGGGGAGUCGCUCCGGGUCCGCCCUGCGCUGAACCGACCAUUCAGUCCGUAAAAGACAUGCUACCAAUAAGCACUGGUAAACUUCAUUUAAGAGUAACGGAACAUUUAAGAUUGACAAGUGAUGUUUUUAAUUUCGUGAUAUUUAUUGAUAUCGACUGUAAUGAAAAAAAACCAGCCCUAGUUAUAUGUGAAAACUGAAAUGUAUGGUCAGGGAGGUGUGUGAGGUCAUUUUAAAAAUCAGAUUAAUCAUGAGUGAAGGCGGCAAUACUUUGAAUAUUAAGUUUAGAUGUUUAUUCAUUUAUUUAUGGUGAAUUCUGGUCCACGUGCACGGGUAGAGACAAUGUGAGAGAGCCUUAUUUCAAUGGAAGUAAGACUGAGUGAUUAUGUGAUCGUGAUAAAUUUCAGUUCGAUCACAGUGAUCAGCUGUGUGCUUAUGUACUCCAUCAAAAAUGUGCGUGACAGCAGCCAAUCAGAGUCGAGCUUUUCCUAAAUGCGGAGCCAACUAGAUGUCGGCCACGACUUUGAGUCAUCCUCCGAAGACGUUAUUGGUGAGAAGUAAAGUUGUUCAAUGUCGGUUGUGUGGCAGUGGUUCAGGUAUCUCUAAACUGAUAUCGAGGAAUUACGCCGAGGAAGUAAAGGAAGAGGAAGUAAAGUUCUCUCAAAGUUAUUAACUCACAGUUAAACCAUAAAUAUCUGGAUUGAAACUAAAGCGACUGAAUUAGAAACUCAGGGAAGUCUGUGGACCGGAAAAACCCUCCAGCUUUUUCAAACUUUGAAGGUGCGCCUCGUCAUAACUGUCCCUAUGCUCCUUCUCCUCCUCCUCAGAACAUGGCGUGAACCUGUCAACCCGUACUACGCCAACAUGGGCUACGCUCGCGCUCCAGCGACGAGUGCCAAUGACAGCGAGCAGCAGAGCAUGUCAAGUGACGCAGACACACUGUCACUGACCGACAGCAGUGUGUAAGUCCACAUACUACCGUCUAAACGUCUACGAUCACAGCGCUGUUUUGUUUUCUAAACGUUUACUGCUGUGUUUGUCUGCAGAGAUGGUAUUCCUCCAUACAGAUAUCGGAAGCAGCAUCGCAAGGAGAUGCAUGAAAGUGCCAAAGCUAAUGGACGUGUGCCCCUACCUCAUAUACCUGUGAGUUUUUCAGAGAUGUUUAGUCACACGAGCUGAUGACAUGAUGCAGCAGAAAAACUCAUCGAAUGGUUUUCAUACUUCAUCUCAAACAUGGUAAUAAAGUAGAUGCCGUCCAGCCCUUAUGACUAAAUGUGCAUGUUGUUGUUUUCCUCCCUUUGUUUGUGUCUGCACACAGCGCACGUACCGCAUGCCAAAGGACAUCCACGUAAAGCCUGAGAGGUUUGCAGCAGAGCUCAUCAGCAAGCUGGAGACGGUUCUCAGAGAGAGGGAGGCUCAGGAAAGACUUGAAGAGAGGCUGAAGAGAGUACGACUGGUGAGUGCGUCCUGCUGCGCUGCUCCAGGAACGCGUCAUUAAGAAUGAUUUGAGCUAUUCUGAGUUAAAACUGUUUGGUACAGUCGGCAAAUGAUCAGGCGCCGAUGUUACCGGAGUAUGACCUGCGAACUGACUCGUGGUGUUUACCUAUUAGAGGCUUUUUGCCGUAUUUGUUAUUGUAAGAUUGUCCUGCAGUGAGUCAGUUAUGGCAGGAUCACUAAAUGACAUUUUUAACAGCUUGUCUUCCUCGAUUCUGUCAGUUUUAUACCCAGAUCCAGAUCAGCCUUAGAUUUAGGAUAUAGACAGUGGGUAAGGUGUGGAAUUACAUCGUUGUCUUCAUUAGUAAAGGACGGGAAAUUAACGGACUUUGAAUCUAUGUCUGGAAAAUAAGGUCUAGGAAGACAUGAUGUGUACGGACCAGGGCCCGACCGAUUUUAGACCAUUUGAGACUGAUCGGUAAUUGGCCAAAACUCGCCGAUUGUCGCCAAUAAUUUCAGAAAUAGAAUGCGGAGAAAAAGAUUCAGUUUUACUUUGAAAAUGUUUCGCCAUUUGAAAAGUUACCCGACUUAUCCUGUAGAUGGCGCAGCGACUUCAUGACAAUCUUCAUCCACUAACCACUGCCAGUAUCGGCAUCGGCCCCAAAAACUCCAUAUUAGUCGGGCCCUAGUACGGACACACACAAAGAGAACACUGUUAUCAAAACGGGGUUAAAGGUCAGGUCACGAAAGAACAAUCUGGGGUUCGUCCCCUUCUGCACACCGUGAAUGAACGUGGUGGUUUCUGCGCACAGAGCAGUUUGUCCUUUCGAUGGUAAAAACUUGUUAAUCAAAGAUCAGACUCAUUAAAAACUUCGUCUCAAAGGUCGCCAAAAUAUCGCUGAAUAAAACCGUUUCUCCUCACUUCACCUGUAACCGUCCCUCUUAUCAAUAAUCGUCAUUGAUCGAAUCUAAUUGAUAUUUUUGUCUCCUUAUCCCAACAGGAAGAAGAGGGUGAUGAUGCUGACAUCUCCGUGACAACCUCCAUUUCUUCUCACAGCAUACCACUCCCCCUCCCCUCAUCGUUUCCACCGCUAUUCGGCGCCCGUUACUCAGAGACCACUGCUAACUCGGCAACGGUCGCCACAUACGGCGGCCUCGUUGCCAUGGAGGAUUCCCACGAUGACGACCCGGAGUCCAUCCUGGACGAACACGUGCAGCGCGUGAUGAAAACGCCAGGCUGCCAGUCGCCGGGGGCAACCAACAGCACCUUAGGGGGAGGUCGACAUUCUCCUCCCAAAUCAUCGCGCUCGCCCGACGGGGGGAUCGGACCUCCUCACUUCCCCCCACACCGAGGAGGCGGUCACACCCUGCCUCUCCCCGGGGUCAAAGGUAUGCAUCACCACAAGCAGCUGUAUCACCACAGAGGAAGAGAAGGCCAGGAGGAGGCGGGCUCCAGGUCUCAGACCAACUUCAUGUGGAACGGAGACCCGUCCGGCCAGUACGCAGGGAGGAGCCGUAACUAUGCCGACGGGGCCGGGGCCAGCACACUGGAGGGCAUGGGUUACAGGUGGGCUGCUGCUGCGGUUGAAUCCUCUCUCACGCCUCUUUGAAUUGACCCGACCUGAUGAGCGUCUGUGUUUCCUUUUCAUCCUGCAGCAGUAAAGGCAGCACGCUGUCACGGCGAGGUUGUAAGAAGGCGUCAGAGACAUCGGGUAAAGGCGAGGAGAGCGGGCGCAACGUGGAGGGCCAGGUGCCUCUGGAGGACCUAGAGAGGAACCAGAAGAUCCUGCAGUGGAUGAUGGAGGGCGACAGGCAGAGGAAGAGCUCACAUGGGUGAGGAAGGGGAGGGGGAGAUAUGGUUAAAGGAGUAGUUCACUGUUUUCAUCUCAUUCCAACACCUUCCGCUCAUCACGACUCUGGACACUAGGAUGACUUCUCGUACCCAGGUUUAAUGACAAUUGAAAGGGUGAAACUAAAGGAAAACAAAAAAUACAAGAAAGAAAUGACAUGAAUUAAAAUGAAUUAAAUGAUCCUUUAAAUGUAGAUCAGAACACAGAGAUAGACUCAGACAGUCUAUUUCACUCUGUCACAACCUGAAGUGCCAUUAUAAUCCGCACAGCGAAAAACAAUUACUCAAAAUGGCCACAAGAUGGCAGCAUAGGACCACAAAUGAAAAGCAUGACUCAGCGCUCACCUGCAUGCAGCCAAACAUAAUCAUACAUCUUUUUACACUCUUAACCAUGAACUUUUUAUCGCAGAAUAAACCACCAUGACAUGAUUCAACAUAAAAGAAAGCUACAAACCCACGACCUGAACCCUCUGCGAGACACGCCCCUGAAAUCCUGAGGGCCGUUUAGAGAGGGGCCCCCAGAGCCUGCGGUUUACCAAAAAGCUGAUAUCUCAGCCUCUGUAGCAGAAACAAACAAAAUUCAGAAAGUGUUUGAGAGCUUUCACAUGUGGCUUUCAAGAUGACUACCUUUUAUUUUUCUGAACCUUCAUCAGAUUUUUUAAAAACCUUAAACAAACUCAAAUGAAAUAAAACGGCUGUAUAAAUAAAAGUAAAGACUCUGUACUGGAGAAUAACAAACUAUUCGCCCUUAAACUGUUUGAGUUUUAAAUGUGAGACUGUUCUGUACUCCGUGGUUAAACCAGUCUCGCUCCUGUCCUCCCUCCAGCAGCAGCACCAGCAGCUCCAGGAGGACGGGAGCCAGCAGCGAGUCGCCGCGUCCAACAUCAGUGGAGCGGCCGGGAGCCGUGCACCCCUGGGUCUCCGCCCAGCUGCGUAACAACCCCUCCUCUGUUUCCCCCGCCCUCCCUGGCUCGGCGUCCACCCAGGUCCAGCCCUCGCACCCUUUCAUCCAGGACCCAGCUAUGCCCCCCAACCCGGCUCCCAACCCGCUCACCCAGCUGGAGGAGGCUAGGAGGAGGCUGGAGGAGGAGAGGAGGAGGAACGCACUACAGCAGGCCAAGCAGAGGUGAUUGAUUUAAAACGUGAAGAACACGUUUUCAGAGUUUAAACGUUCCUGUUUCUGUUCGAUUAAAGUUUGUUUGUUUUCUCUUAGGCAUAAGUCUGGUAAGCGCCAAGUGUGUGAGAACAUGACCGUGGCGUACUACUUCUGUGGAGAGCCAAUCCCUUACCGGACAUCAGUCAAAGGCCGGGUGGUGACUCUGGGCCAGUUCAAGGAGCUGCUUACCAAAAAGGGCCAUUACAGGUGAGACUACCUGAGCAGGUGAAAGCCAGGUCACGUUUCUCCUUUUCUUCUUCCUUCUCUCAAAUAAUCGAGCUUUUCUGGUUUGGCCUUCAGGUUCUACUUCAAGAAAGUGAGUGACGAGUUUGACUGCGGCGUUGUGUUCGAGGAGGUUCGUGACGAUGACGCCAUCUUGCCCAUCUUCGAGGAGAAGAUCAUCGGAAAGGUGGAGAAGGUGGACUGA